CUACUGCUCAGAAGUAGCUCUCUCAGGGAACAUUCUUUUUGACAGAGGGACCACAACUUUGUGGUAAGAACAACAAUAAUCCUUAAACCGGCACAUGUAAAUAAGAAAUGACGUCAGACAUUUCUUUUUGUUAUACGUUUUAAGGUAUUAGGUUUGGCAAAAGAGAUAAGUAGAUUUGCAAAAGAGUUAACACAUCUUCAUAAUACCAACAGAACGCCCUAGUCGUUGUGCAGUAACAAGGCUGUGUUACACAAGGUUGUCGUAACAUCUCCUUAUGUCAGACACAGACACUUAUGUCAGACACAGUACGUCUACUACGGACCAUACUGCCCGGUGUGCCGUUGAUGAGGUUUCUCUCUUCAGGACUUUCUCGUGAGUUGUGUCCUUUCCUUCCAUCUGGGCUUUUCUCAGAUUCCUCCCAUGGAGCGGGCUACUGAUAGGGUUAUCACACCUCCUCUCUGACAGAACUUUGAUCUUUUGAGAAGGCACCCCCCCGGCCACGGAAUCAGAGUUUAACUCCCCCUCUUGUUUUUGCCCUACUCAACCAAUCAGAUUUGGAGGCUUCUGAGCUGUAAACAGUCAGCGAGUCAAUCUACAUUCUGAGGAACCAUGAGCAGAGUCUGGGCCUUGUUCAAGGCUCAUCCGUACACCAGCAACGUGGUGGGAUACACGACCCUGUUCACCUCCGCUGACCUCAUACAGCAGAGCAUGCUGGGAGGUAAAUCGAAGCAAGGACACAAAAUGGCCUCCGAUGGAACCGAAGGAAACCUGUCUGUUGACAGACCAGAGGGGACGCUGGAUGCAACAUCAAAACCCCCCGAGGAUUCAGCACAGCUCAGAGAAGCAGAACUUAGUUCAUCGUCAAGUACCAAAACUGUCCCAGCGUUGGCUGGAAUCGACUGGUCCCAGACUGCUAGAGUGGCUGUCGUUGGCUUCUGUUUCCAUGCCAACUUCAACUACCAUUGGCUGAGGGGGCUGGAGAGGAUGUUCCCAGGGGGAGGGGCUAAGAAGGUGUCUGGUAAAGUGAUACUGGAUCAAUUUAUUGCAGCUCCUGCGACCAUAAGUGCUUUUUUCAUAGGUCUUAGUGUUCUGGAACAGAAAGACGAUCCAUUUGAAGACUGGAGGCAGAAGUUUAGGACUUCAUACAUGACUGGGGUUGUCUACUGGUCCGCGAUGCAGGCGAUUAACUUCUCUCUGGUGCCCCCUGUGGCCAGAACAGUGUUUGUGGGUGGCAUUACCCUGGUGUGGACCGUGUUCCUCUGCCACUUCAGACAACAGUGAGACAACGGGCGGGUUCUCAUCACAGUCGUAUAUUCCAUCAUUUCCCAUAUAAAUAAACAUGAUUUAUGUGUGUUUUGCUGUCUGAAUAUUUUUUUAUUAUUAUUUACACUUAGUCACUGUGGUUCAUGUUGGCUUCACCACCAUCCUUGUUAGUGGUCGUACAUUUACGUUUAGUCAUUUAGCAGACGCUCUUAUCCAUAGCAACUUACAGUAAGUACAGGGACAUUCCUCCCAGGCAUGUAGGGUGAAGUGCCUUGACCAAGGACACAAUGCCACGGCCGGAAUCGAUCCGGCAACCUUCUGAUUAGUAGCCAGAUUCCCUAAGCGCUAAGCCACCUGACUCCAUAUUAUUGAUGAACGUUUGGUAAAGAAUCAUCAUAUAUAUUUUUGUUUUCAGAAAUAUAACUCCAAAUUGUACAUCGUUAAAUUCUAGUAAGAUACAAGUCAUUUUCAAAUUUCCACUUCUGAAACUACUCCCAAAAGAUCUGGUAUAAUAAAUAAAAACAAAUCCAACGUCUCAGCAUCACAGAACAAACUGUUGUUUUUCUAAUUUGCCUCAGAAACUCACUACUCGGGUAAAUAUAAUUCAUCAUUUUAUAAUUAGUUUCUUGAGCCUAAUGAAAUAUGAUGAGUGAGGUAUC